AUGUAUUCUGUAUCUCAACAUAUAAGUUUCGUGAAAGAGCAAACGGUGGGAGCUGUUAGAAACUCUAAACAAGACGCAAAAACUCUUAUUGAAAUACCGAUAACAGCGACAAUAGAGGAAGUUUUUGAUGUAUUACUAGCGGAAAAUAUUUUAAGCAUACCUGUUUACCGACUCUGGAAAGGGCACAAGCGACCUGUAGCAAUCGUCAACGUAACAGACCUUGUUGCUUUUGUGUGUCCACAGCCCAUAUUUGACAAAUUUGACAAUGUGAACGGACAUAAUAUUGAUGGAAAUGAAAAUAGUAAUGAUAGAAGAGAUGAUUAUGGAGAUAUAAAUUUGGAUGGAAAAUCCUCCUUAUUACAAAAACCAAUCGGGGAACUUAUCGGUUUAACCCCUGAGAGUACACAUCUUACUAUAUGUCAUCCCGAAGAUUCUCUUGCCGAUCUCUUGGAUUUAUUCACUCAUCGUCAAAUUCAUCGAGUAUUGGUCGCUGAUAAAUCUUCAGUUGAAGAUCCAGAUGUUGGAGAAGUUAUUAAUGAAGAUGAGGUUCAACCUUGCUUCAUAUCUCAAACCGAUGUUGUUCGAUUCUUGUUUCAAAAUAAUCAUCGGCUAGGUAAAGUUUUGGAUACUAUGGCUGCUGAUGUUGUCGGUAAAGCUAUUAGAGUGAAUGAAAAUUUACCUUUUGAAAGACGGAAUUUAUUGAAACAACCAUCAUCGGUUACCAUUCAUGAUCAAGCUUUGACGGCAUUUCGAAAGAUUCACCAAGAUGAAGUUAGUGCUGUAGCUGUUGUUAAUGAUGAUGGAACUAUUGUUAGUGAAGUUUCUGCCGCGGAUCUUCGAGGAUUGAAUAGAGAACGACUUUCUGAUUUGAAGAAACCAGUAAUUAUGUUUUUGGUGUCUUGUAAAGGUGCUUUAAUUAAACCAUUUACCUGUCAUGGUAAAUUCACUUUAAGUCAAGUUAUGGCCGGUAUCCUUACUAGCAAAACUCAUCGUGCUUGGGUCGUUGAUGAAGAUGAUGUACCUAUUGGUGUUAUCACUCUUUCUGAUAUUCUUGCCAUGUUUCUUCCCAAUUCUGCGUGA